GGGACAAAACGCCGGCGCUGCCCUCUCGGCACACGCGCCCAUCCCAGCCCUCAGCUGCCGGCUCUCGGUGAGCGUCGCAGAGGACGGGCGGGGCGGCCGGGAGGUGUGCGCGCCUGAGGCGGCAACGAGGCGGGGCGGCCGCGGCCCCUCGCCGCUCUCCGGCGCCCGCCGCCCCGCGCGCCUCCCUCCCUCCGCCCGCUGAUGCAAUCGGAGCCCGCGAGCGGCGGCGGCGGCCCCGGCGGAGCUCGUGUGGGGAUCGCAUCGCAUCGCAGCGCCGUUCGGCUUCACCAUGAAGGGCUGUGAGAACAAGUGCAUGGCUGGAGGAUGUUCAGAGGAAGCAACAAAGCAUGUGACUGAAUCUUUCAAGGCUUCAGACUUGAUUAUCACCCCAGCCACGACUUUCAAGGAAAAACCAGACACCAGUGGUUUGGUAUUUGGAACUGUGUUCACUGAUAAUAUGCUGACAAUUGAAUGGUCCUCAGCUUCAGGAUGGGAGAAGCCUUGUAUUAGACCUCUUCAGAACCUCUCCUUGCAUCCAGCCUGUUCGUCUCUGCAUUAUGCUACUGAAUUGUUUGAAGGAUUGAAGGCCUACCGUGGAGUGGAUGGCAAAAUCCGCCUGUUCCGGCCAGGCCUCAAUAUGGAGAGGAUGGCACGAUCAGCAAGACGAAUGACUCUACCAUGUUUUGACCAGAAUGAGCUGUUAGAGUGCAUCCGGAAACUUGUGGAAGUGGAAAAGGAGUGGGUCCCCUACUCCACUUCAGCCAGCCUGUACAUCCGUCCUACCUUAAUUGGAACUGAGCCUUCCCUGGGAGUGAAGAAGCCAACUAAAGCCCUGCUGUAUGUCAUACUGAGCCCUGUGGGUGCUUACUUUUCAAGUGAAUGCUUUAAUCCAAUCUCAUUAUGGGCAGAUCCAAAAUAUGUAAGAGCCUGGAAAGGAGGAACAGGAGACUGCAAACUGGGAGGGAAUUAUGGUUCUUCUAUUUAUGCUCAGCAAGAAGCCCUGGAGUUAGGCUGCCAGCAGGUUCUGUGGCUAUAUGGAGAAGAUCACCAAAUAACUGAAGUUGGAACAAUGAAUCUAUUUCUCUACUGGAUAAAUGAAGAUGGAGAAAAUGAACUGGCAACUCCACCUUUAGAUGGCAUCAUCCUUCCAGGAGUGACAAGGCAAAGCAUUUUGGAUCUGGCACGCAACUGGGGAGAAUUUAAAGUGUCUGAGCGUUACAUCACCAUGAGUGACUUGACAGCUGCCUUGGAAGAGAACAGAGUGAAGGAGAUGUUUGGGGCUGGAACAGCUUGUAUCGUGUGUCCGAUCUCCAAAAUUUUGUAUAAGGGCAAGCAUUUGCACAUUCCAACUAUGGAAAAUGGACCUCAGUUAACCACCCGAAUCCUGAAUAAGCUGACUGACAUCCAGUAUGGAAGAGAAGACAGCGAUUGGACAGUGCUGGUGUCAUGAAGGUGGAAGAGCUCAGACCCUCCAGACAUAAUAAACACAAAUAAUGAUUACUUCUUUAGCUGCCCGUGCAUAGCCUAGUUUCUGCAUCAGUUUGCUCCCCAGGAUGAUUGUUUCCACAAUCCAGUGAAUGUGAACACAAUCAUUUUUGUUUUCUACUGUAAUCCUGUUAGUGGAAGCCUGUCUUCUUGGUAGAGGUGCUAAAUGUUAGCAAUAGAACUUUCCUGACAGUUUUCCUAGUGCCUCCUUGUGUCUUAUGUACAGUCUAAAAACUUGUAAAAUGCUCUUCAACUGCUCUUCAGUUUGUUUGGUUUAUUUUAACUGCCAUCGCCAGCAGAGCAAGUUGUAUAAAGCAGAGAAAUUGCCUGUUGUCCACAAGGUUCUAUUGCCAUUAUUCUGCCUUUUGCUCUGUGUUAAAAAAACAAUUAAGUUUAACCAUAAGCUCUGUCCUUUUGUAACUUGCUUGUAUGAAAAUACCUGAACUUUUAUUAGCCUCACAGAUUCCUUGAUCGACAUUCAGUCAGAUAACGACUCCGUCCUCUAGCCCAGAUGCUUAGCAUGGAUCUAGCAUGCAACAUGCUACUUGUUGGCCUGCUGCUUUUACCUCUGUGAAGAUAAGCAGAGGCUGGUAGGGCAGGACAUACAUCACUAGCAGCUGAAUACAUCCUUCAGUACAUGGUGUCCAGGGCUGAGCCAGACCAUGCUGACACCAGAAUUGCCCUUUGUCUGGUAUAACAGAGAUCUGGGAGCUGCUGACGUAGUGUCGCCUUCUGGGUGAAUGUGUUGAAAAUACAGUUAAACAACAGUGGUUGUAGAAGUUGAACCACUCUUCAUUUGGUUGAAGCGAGAGCAGCCAAGCCUUUGGACUGAGGUUCAGUUAAAUGGGAUUUUCCUUAAGCAUCAUCCAGCCAACAUGAUUUAGAUCAGUAGAAAGUUUUCUUGUUCCCUUCACCACUCACAGGGCCUUUCUGUUUAAGGAACAAGUUAUGUUGUCAGCAGAAAUUAUCUAGCUCAAGAAGGAAAGGGAUUUUAUUCAAACUCUGUUUUUUGUUUUGAUAAAGUGUAAAGUUAUUCAUAUUCUGCUGCUAUUUGGGCUUCAUGCUCUAUAUUACUUUAUUAGUGAGGGAAUUAACUUCUGCAAUGGUUCACUAAGAAGUAUCCUGUAAUAUUUAUUAGCUUUCUUUUUUGCACACAGAUUUGUCAAAUAGCUUUAGGCUAUCUCUAGCCAAAAAGAUCACUAUAUUCUGUAUCAAUAUUCCAAAGUGCUACUUCAGUAUAAAACUGGUGGAAAUCCACUGACGCUAACAGAGUUCUAUAAGAAGUGAAGGUAAAACAUUUAUUUCCAUACUUUGGAGUAGGGAUGCACCAGUAUUAAGGGAAAUUCUUAGCACUUUAUUUUACUACUUUUUUUUUUUUAAUAAGAUGCAACAGUAUCUCUCAUGCUUUACAUAAGUUCUUUAUAAUUACUGGCAUUCGUUAUCAUAAAUUAAAAAGGCAAAGCAGAAUUUCUAAUAGACCACCCAUGCCUUAUACAACUGCUGUACAGUCAUAAAGUGUGGCUUUUAUGUUUAGUUUGUUUUUUUUGGGGGGAGGGAGUUAAAGACCACCCAUACUUAGCCAUCAGUUACUUUACUCCCUCAAAUCGUGACUUUUUCUGUCUUUCACUUUGACCCAGUAUGAUUGUGUUUUUUUUAAUGAAGAGCAGUUGGAUGUUCUCUCUGGUAAUGUAACUACUGUUAAAUUGUUGGACACUUUUCUCAUUAGAAUACAACUGCAAGCACAGAGUUUUGUUUCACAGUAGCAAUAGUGCCGUGUGUUCACUUUUCUGACCAUCUGAAUCAGUAUAGUGUGCUGGUCUUUGUUCAGUAUCUUAAUAUUUGCUACAAGCUGCUAGUAGUCUUCCAUUUUUCUUUAAGAAGAUGAACGGAAAAAUAUACAUGGGGAAUAUGUCAAGGUGCAGAGUGGGGUAGGGAGUUUUAUCCAAUGAGGCAAGUAUCGUAACUAAAGAGUGCCUUUAACUAAAGCAUGGCAUGGAGCUUUCUGUUACUGAAGUAUACAGUCCAAACCCUUAUAUUCAUCUUGAAUUUAGCAGCAUAAAGAAAAGUUGUAAUAAUCUAACUUCAGAUGCAUGGAAAAGUGGAUGUAUGAUACCUUCACGUCACAAAGUCUUGAUAGAGUUGAUGGGUAUCUUAUAUCAAAAAUCCCCAUGAAGGCAUGAGUGUACCAAGGUUAAUCUAUUCACUAAUCAGAAUGAGUUAAGGACCAGUUUGAAGAAUUAUUUUACUGUGGUGCAGAACUUGAAAGUUAUAUAAAGCUCAUCCUAAAAUGGAUGCAAAUAAUUUAAUGCGAGGAAGCAAAAUAGUUUCAUUUAUUUGGUUUGCACUGCUGCCUGUGCUGACCAGGGAGACAUCUCUCCUUUUGUUGCAUGUACUGAACCAAUGGAGACUUCAGAAUUAUAAAAUUGAAGCUGGAAUGACCCACAGAAAUCCACAGGCUUUUCUAGCUGCAAGAAUAAAAACGUAGUGUAUGUAUAGUCAACCGUUCUUAUCAUUUGGUUACUUGCUUUAUUCUGGCUGUGUCAACUCAGCAUUGUGCUUGUUUCUAAAUCCAAGUGGAUAGAUUCUAGAUUCUAGAUUUUAAACUUUAAAGCCUAAAUAAAGGGAGAUGUCAGGUCAGCAUCAUACAGGAAAAUCUUCUGAUCUUGUAUGCUUUCCUAUCCUGCAUUCUGCCACUGUUUUUUAUCCUGUUAACCAAAGGAAAGAAAUAAUAUGUGUAAAUAAUCGUGUUUGCUAUUGUGUUCUUCCUAUUUUUGCCUGUAAGAUUUAGGAGGGGACUAUGGUAUUCCCUGAGCUAGUAAUAGAUUGUAAAAGAACAUCUGCACAUCUCUUUUCCAUGUGCCCUAUUUGUUUAAUUGCAACAAAUUUACAUAGAAAGUGAAUGGUACAUCAUAACUAGGCAAUUAUCCAUUCUUACUCAGUUAGUUUUGAUUCUGUUAAUUGAUCAUUUAAGACUUAAGAUAGUUUAACAUUAGAAUUUGAGACUGUUCAAAGAGGAUCAACAAAUUCAUAUUGUUGUCUGAUAUUUGCAUAAUUGGUUGCAAUUAUUUAAUGUCGAACUGGAUUGAUCAGUUGAGACUCAGCCUUUUCACAUUUGUGCUUUAUAAAUACCGAUCCUUUAAAACGAUAAUGAUGAACUCUAAUUCUCAUCUUUCUUUUCCCCUUCAUUGUUUUCAUUAUGAUUUUCAGUAUUGAGAGUGUCCUUAAUUUUCAGUUUGGUGAGUAUGAUUUAUGCUUGGGAAAGAAGCCCUUCAAAUGAGAAAACAUUUCAUAAAAUUGGCGUUUCAUACAAGCUGUUCUGGUGCCAGGAGUUAUGGUAUCAGCAACUGGUGUUACUUAACUGGAUUCUUAACUGCAGCGAGGGCAAAUUCACAGAUGAUUUACAAUGACAGUCUGGUGAAAAUGCUAAUAAAGGUCCCUGCUUAGAAUAGAUAAUCUGUUCGGCCUAUAGUGGUGCAAAGCAAACAUGAUUUUUCAGGUAUGUAGAAAAGAAAUCUGAUGAGACAAAAGCCAAGACAGUGAGAGACCUCUACCCAGACAGUUUGCACCUGUCCAACAAUCUCAAUCCAAAAAGAAUUUGUCCAUUGCUCUUUCUUAGACAAACUCUUGUCCAGGCUUCUUCAGUAUAAACUUACUUUAUCCUUAUUUUUCCACAGGCAUGAACAGUGGUAAUUUGGAAAAAUACACAGAUAUUAUACAUAUACACAGACAAAGGUGGUAUCCCAGUCUGUUGGACUAUGGCUAUGUCAGACUUUUCUCUCUGCAUGGGAAUCACCCUACUAAUAGUUGAAUGUCUUAGUGGCAGGCUUCUAUACUGAGAGGUGGGCAGGUGUAAAUGCUGGCUGAGUACACCCUGAGGUCAACCAUUUUAUUCUGGCUUUCUCUCCUUUCCACAUAGAUUUGCAAAUUAUUUUCUCCUUACUGUCCUAUCACGGUGUCACAUAGUUUCAUGGUUAUAAUGACCACUUAAGUAAAUUAUGCAUUAAUUUUGUUUUUAGCAGUGGUGACAAUUUACUUUAAAAAAAGUGUUGUAUUCAUCUUGCAGGUGUGAUCAGGGAUCAGAAUUGAGCUUUACCAUCUGGACAUGUAAUGACUGAACAGACUGACACUGACUUUGUGACCCUGGGCAGGUGUUCUAACUUCUUUGCAAGUGCAGAGUAGCAAUAGUGCCAGUCAUAUUGCUUUUAACCCUAAUCCAAAGUUAUUAUAUUACAGAGCAAAUAAGCUUCCCAGAAAGCUUUCUAGGCAGCAGAGAAUGCCAAGUACAGUACCGUACUUCUAAUGUAGAAUCAUUAAACUGCAACUAUUCCAAGGGGACAACUUGUCAUGUAGCAUUGAGACAGACUUCUUUAAUUAUCUCAGCUACAAAUUUUCUGCAUUGCAUUCUUUAGCAGUUGGGAGAUGUCGAGCCUCUGUUUUAAUGUGUUUUAUCACUACCCUUAAAAUUUGGAAAAAUAAUUUGUAAGUAAGUCUUGAGUCAUUGUUGAGCUGAGUCCCUUCUUAACAAAUAUCCCAAUAGCUGUAGUCAAAAUAGCAAAAUAGAUUACUGAUAUUGGUGGAAAACCAUGUUGCUGCUGUCAUUCUGCUUAUGACUUGCUUUCAGCCUAAUAGUUAUUUGGAACUAUUUAUUUUCUCUUAACCAUGCUAAUUCUGAGUGCUGUCUACAGCAAAUUUGGCAAAUAUAUCUAACUCCAUUAACAAAACUUCUGCAUUACUUUGAGCUUGAACAAUAAAGUACAUUAGGACCUAUUGUUGCAGGUGUGCAACAAUACUGAGUUAGAAUAGGCAUGCCUUAGACGUAAAACAAAAUCUGGGCAUUAGUAGCUGAGUGGAAAUAAAUGCCUCUGGCAACACUUGCAAGGUUUACCACACCCAACAUUACUAAAAUAGUGGUGUUUAAAGUUACUGGUAGAAACAGUACAGCUCAAUCUCUGUGCCUGUCUUUGAACACGAAUUUACACUGUUUGGCUUAUCACAAAACUUAAUUUAUUGUGUCUUAAUUUUAGCACAAAUCUGAAUUCUCAAGCCAUGCUUUAAAAUAUAUAUAUAUAUAUAUAUAUGAAAAAAGAAAGCAUUUCAUGUGAACAGGAGGAUGUUGAGAAGGAUUUAAGACCUUUGUAAAGAAUUUUGAAGCUCUUCAAAAUAUCUGCCAGAUAAAGUUAGGUAUGAGAAGACAGCUUUAUAGAAAUAAGUAACUGUAGUGUACCAAAUGAUUUUCCAGUGCUUUGGAGUCCCGCACAUUAUGUUUCAUCCUCUUUUCCAGGAUCAUUUUUGUCACUGACCAAAGAGGCGCGCAGGGAAAAGUAGAUAAAAUAAGCUUAGUGCUUUUAUUUUCUCCCAAACAAGAGUUGGGAAAGUUUCUAAGAGCUGGUUCUCUUGAUAUUGCUAACUCUUUAGGACUUGAUUUUCUCAUGCUUGUAGCAGUCGUUUUAGGUGUGAGGUGGAAGAGCUCAGAAGUUAUCUCGGGCAGUACUGUCAUCAGGGAGCAGAUCUGUUUUCACUUUAUGAUCACAGUGACCAAGAUGUGAACGUGUCAUCUUUUCAGUUUUGCAUCUUUUUAAUACAAAAUUGCUUUUCAUUGUAGGGCUGUGAUACAGUGCCACUGAACUGUUAUCUUACUCUGUGAUGUCUCAAGAGGUUACAAGAAGAAUGCAAGCAUUCUUUUUCUUCAAUCACCUUCUUUUAUGCCAAAUCCCUUCACAUUAUGAUUUGGUCUCUGCUAGAAUUGUGAUCUUAUCAGGUGAAAUACCAAAUCUGUUUGGUUUUUUAUUUUUCCUCUACUGUCCAGUUCUAGUGCCUGCUGGAUUAUUUUGAUAAGUUCAAAGUACUGGCAGCAAAUACCAGAGCAAAAACUGAAGUGGAAGUCUUCUGCCUCCGGAAUAGGUGUGCUAGGGAUUAGUAAAAUUACCUGUCUCCUUACUUCAGUCAAAAUGGGAGUUGAGAAGAAUAUAGUUAUCAUUCCCAUUCAGUUCAAAACAGAAACUGCCCAGGUAUACCAGAUGUCUAGCAGCGUGGUAUAUUUCUGUUUGUGAAUGCUCCUAUUCAGUUGUUUAAAUGCUUACAUCUGUGCCUAUAUUUUUUCAUAAUUUUACCCCUUGUAGUAUGGCUGAAACCUGCAACAUGCUUCUAUAUGCCAUGAAACCAUAAAACAAUUGAUUAAAACAGUAGUGCUCCAGACAUGGUCUAAAACCAAGAUACUGUUUUCUACAUGUCAGUGGCCUAUUUUGUUCCUGUAAUUUCAGUUUAUCUUCUUAUGGCCUAAUAGCUGACAAGACCUACAAGCAGGAUCCCAGUAUAUUAUUUCUGUCCCAUAGAUGAGGAUGUUGACAAAAAGUGAGCCAAUUCCCUCCAUCUCCUGGAAGAUGGCUUUUAUGGUGUCUACAGUAAAGAGUGACAGAAUAUCAGAUGUUCUUUGCCAAGAUGGAGAUGUAGGUUUUUUUGAAGCUAUUUGCAAACAAUUUCUGUCAGGCCAGUACAUUUGGAAAGACAGUGUCCCAGUCUACCUGACCUUCAAGGCAUUUAGAAGGAUGCAGUAGUAGUUAUUGGAAUGUAGCGUGUAAGCAGUGGGAGAUUAGCAACGUAAGAGUGAGAAGUAAACACCUCUGAAGGGUCUCUGUUGUCUUAAAUGUUAAAGUUAACAGGGUAUUUUACAAGGAUCUGAGCAUAUAAAAGCUGUAAAGGACAGAUGUGUGAAAAAAUACUGGAUAAACUAAAGGAAAGUCUACCUCAUUCUUCUCUAAAGGUUUUGUAGAAGCACAAUUAAACACUCCUAACGGCAUUGUUACGUACAGACCAUCUGGCAUGAAAGAAACACUUUAUAUUUGUAUGUCUAUAAAUCCUGUAAUAACUGUAUUUUGCUGGCAGUAGAAACAGUCUAUACUAUUUGCAGUUUUCCUCAUCAAAUCUGUAAUUAUGCAAUGUUUCCGUCUCCAAUAAAGGAAUUUAAUGGGCA